AUGGAUGAUUUGAGCUUAUAUACUGAAAACACAAAGGCAGCUCAGGAAAUUUUGCAGACAUUGAUUGACAUGGAUUUCGAUAAGUUCAGUGAAAUAGAUGAAUUAAAAGAAAUUGCAAGUGUUGGUGGGGACCUAGUGAACUACCUCAUGGAAAAACUCAAAAACUGUAAAGCCCAAAAAAGUUGUGAAGUACUGGUAAUAGAGCUAUGUAUGAAACUAUUGGAGAAACAUGACUUAGUAGAAGAAUUAUAUAAACUGACAAAUGAAGCAGCCUCAAAGGCAUCACUGAAGCACAACAAAGAUUUGAUGGGUCAGUACUUGGAUCGCUUUAUGGUGUUGCUGAAGGAUGACAAUGUUCCUUGGGACAACAGUUCACAGAGCUACCUGGGUUCUGUAUUCAUCAGCUACCUUGUUAACUCAAUUUAUUAUGAAGACAAACAAUUUAACGAUUCGGAGGUAGACCAGAAAAUGAUUGACAUGAUUCUGUAUUGUAUGGAGGAGGAACGGGAGCUCUGUGAUUGGUCCAAUGGUCAGGUGACCGUGUUUGGGAUCAUUGCCACAGAUAUACUUGCAAGAUUUGUCCGUACAAAAAGGGACAGCAAUACACUCAGUACGUGCAAGCCGCUCAUCCUAAGUGUCCAGCGUUUGAUGUCUAAUCACGAAGACGAGAGGAUCACGGAGCGGUGCGGGGACAUCUUGGUUAUGAUAGGUCAACAAGCGUCACAAGUGCUGGACUCGGACAACAUCGGGAACCUUAUUGACCACUACAUUGAAAAUCCUGACGUACACAUCGUUGUGAAUCUAGAAGCAGCCUAUGAUAAUGGACCUGAGGAAUUUGCGAAGCGGUUCACUGACCUGGUGGAAGUGUUUGCCAAGGACAAUCAGUCAAACUGCUUUGUCAUGCAGUGUCUCCUGCUGAAGAAAAUUGCUGAAACUCAACCAGAGGUGUUCACUCCUCGUAGUAUGAAGCUGUUCUUUGAUGUCCACUUCAUGGAUUUCACGGCUAACAGUCAGGUGCUGAUCUUCAUGGAUAUACUGUCCAAGACACAGCCUGCCCUUUUUGGGCCCUUCAUCCCUCACCCCCUGCUGAACUCCAAACUGAUGCAGGAUACCAUGGCUAGUUACCAAAUGAACAUUGUCACCAGGGCUGCUGCUGUUUGUAAGGACUGCCAGAAACCCGUUUUUGACUACUUCUCUGAGAGACUGAAGAGUUCUACUGACCAGCAUGUGCUGUACGCCUGUAUAAUGGGUCUUAGAGAGAUGCUGGAGAUUUGUGGUCCAGACUUUUUCACAGAGGAGGUCAAGGCUCAGAUAGAGAAUCAGACGACAAAUGCUCCGGCUAAAUACGUCAAAGAUGUGGCUCAGGAUCUCCAAGAUGAACUCGCAGGAAGAAG